GCAACUUGCAAAGAAGUUUCCUCCACUGCAUAAGCCUUGCCUUUAUCCUCUUUUUAUCGUUUAAAUCUCCCAAUUGCUUCAUGGGACUCUAUGCGUGGUGUAUCCGUGGACAAAUUAAAAACUAGUUCUUCGUUGCUUCAUAUUGUUCUGCUAAAUGGGUUCUCGUGUUGUUUCUUGUAGGGCAUGUUUGCCAGUGAGUUUGCUCUGCACCUUGCUAUUGGUGCAGAUUUCCUGGGUAUCUUGUUGUCCAGAAAAUGAGAAAAAAUCCCUUUUGGAUUUCAAGCGAGGCCUUCACGACCCGUCUGGUCGACUGAAGACUUGGAAUAAUUCCACUGACUGUUGCCACUGGGAAGGAAUCCAGUGUGAUAAUACAGCAAAGCAUGUCAUUCAGUUGGAUCUCCGCGAUCCAUUCGCCAACAAUCCGGCUAUGGCUCAGCAGAAUUCUACCUCUGAUUUUCGUUCCGAGAUCACUAGGCUUUCUGUUGGGAGUAAUAAAAAAGACGUUCUUUCUCCUCUGUUUUCUCUAAAGAUGUUACAAGUCUUGGAUUUGAGUUACAACAACUUCAGUGGUGUUGGGUUCCCUCAGCAACUCCACACGCUGAAAUUUUUGCGCUAUCUGAGCUUGUCAAAUGCUGGAUUUGGGGGAAAGACACCUAGGGAGUUGGGCAACAUGUCCACCUUGCGCUACUUGGAUCUUUCCACAGAUUACUACAUUUCCUCUUCCUCCAUCACAAUUGAAGACAUGCAGAUGUGGAUAGGAAACAUGAGGGACUUAGAGGUGCUGCUGCUCGACGGGGUCAAUAUGAUGCAAGUGGCAAGCGAUGAAUGGGGCAAAGCUAUCUCCACCAUGCACAGCCUCAGGCGUCUUCAAAUGUACAACUGUAUGUUGUCUGGCCCAAUUCCCCCUUCCCUUGCAAAUCUCACCAGUCUAACCCACCUCCAACUUGGUGGCAAUGCUUUCUUCUCGUCCAUACCUGCUCCCUUACAUAACCUUUCCAGCCUGGUUUCUUUCAAGCUUAGCAGCUGUGACCUCAAUGGUUCCAUCCCUUCUGAUCUGUUGAGCCUUCCAAACCUGCAAGAAGUUGACUUCUCUGCCAAUCUGGAUUUGGGAGGGAAUCUUUCAACCAUUCUGCCGCGAGACUCUACCAGGCUUAAGAGCCUUGUUCUUACAACAACGAAUGUAGGAGGAGCUAUUCCAGAUUCAAUUGCCAACAUCUCUUCGUUAACUCUCUUGGAUCUCUCGAACUGCUUAAUCCAAGGUCAGCUUCCUCCCACCAUUGCUAAUCUUACAGGACUUGUAAUGUUGGAUAUCUCUUAUAACAUGUUAAUAGGAAGUAUACCAUCCUUUGGCGCUAAGCAUCCAUUAGGAACAUUUCCUUUAGCCCUUAUCGAUCUUUCAUACAAUCAGUUGGAGGGCAACAUACCCUCUAAGUUGUUCGGUGCAUUUGGGAAGCUCCGUUAUGUUCACUUGAGGCAGAACCUAUUAACCGGUGCCAUUCCAUCCCAUGACAUGAAUUUUACCUCCCUCGCACACCUUGAUAUGAGCUACAAUAAACUGAACGGCACAAUUCCUUCCUUGGCCAACACCAAGUCCCUUGUUCUGCUUGAUCUGAGCAAUAACCACUUGAUUGGCAAAAUUCCGGCUUCCGUUUGUCAACUACUUCACCUUGAGACGCUUGAUCUCAGCAACAACCUGUUAACAGAUGCAAUACCUGACAACAUUUCAAAUCUAUCUCAACUGAAGGUACUUUCCCUAACCUCUAAUCGGUUGAGCGGGAACUUUACAGAGUCCCACCUUCAUAAUUUCUCCAGUCUGGUAUCUCUAGACAUUUCAAACAAUGCGUUAACUGUGAAAGUCAGUCCGACUUGGGUUCCCCAAAACUCGUUUAGAACAUUGAAAUUAAGAUCAUGUAACAUGGAGGGUAAGUUCCCGGCCUUCUUAUCAACUCAAAUUCAAAUUUCCGAUCUGGAUUUGUCAGACAAUAGAUUGUGGGGUAAUAUUCCUGCGUGGAUAUGGGAUUCCCUUCCUCUUCAAAAGCUCAACCUGUCUUAUAACAGUUUUACAGGCGAUUUACUUUCCAAGCUAAUGGGGCUUAAAGCAUUAAAGAUUCUGGACUUGCAUCACAAUAACUUUCAUGGUCCGCUCCCGCUUCCUCCUCCUUCAGUGGUUGCGUUAGACCUGUCUGAAAAUCACUUUUAUGGAUCCAUUCCAGCUGAAAUUGGCGAGUAUCAAUUUAGUUACCUGUCUCUGUCUCAGAACAAUAUCAGUGGUAGCAUUCCAUCCACAAUUUGUAAAGGGGGGUUUAUAGAGAUUCUGGAUUUGUCAAAUAAUCGACUUACAGGUAAGAUUCCUCCAGGUUUUGUAAACUGCAGUUAUCUUGAGGUAUUGAAUUUGGGGAACAAUUGUUUGGAAGGUGAGUUGCCAGCGGAGUUGGGAAACAUGACUUCGCUACAAACACUGAAAAUCAGGAGAAAUCGUCUAAAUGGAACUCUGCCAACACUUGCAAAUUGUAGCCAGUUGCAGAUAUUAGAUGUGGGAGACAACAUACUGACAGGGAACAUUUCUUCAAAUUGGAUUCUAAAGCUUCCUAAUCUUAAGAUUUUGAUCUUAAGAUCAAACAGAUUCGAAGGAAAUGUACCUGCUGAUGUAAGCAAGUUACUGCAUCUUCAAAUAUUAGACCUUUCAAUGAAUAGUUUUACAGGGAUCAUUCCGGGCAACAUUUCAGAGAUGAAGGGUAUGUCAAAUGUCUCAGAGUAUACAGAAUUCUUUGAGUUUGAGUUUGGGUCGAUAAAUGGCUCAAAAUAUGUAGAGAAAAUAAUCAUCAGAAGCAAAGGAUUAGAGCUAGAGUAUGUGAAAGCUUUGCGUUUGGUAAGAUGCCUUGAUCUAUCAAGCAAUAGAUUAUCAGGUCAUAUCCCUCAAGGCAUGGGAUCUCUGAUUGGUUUGAUCAUUCUUAAUAUUUCAAGAAACCAUAUUGAUGGUGGUAUACCCAAGUCCUUGGGAAACAUGGCACAGCUGGAGUCCCUUGACCUCUCGCGAAACCAACUGUCUGGAGUAAUUCCUAGUGAAUUGCAGCUUCUCACAUUCCUAAGUUACUUGAAUCUGUCAUACAAUAAUCUUACAGGAAUGAUUCCUAUAGGGGGGCAGUUGUUAACAUUUGAAGCCUCAUCCUUCUCACAUAAUUCAGGUCUAUACGGCUUACAACUGAAAGAGUCAUGGUCGCCUUCGCCAAAGGAUGAAAGCAAGCCAAAGAUGAAAGAAGGGGUGAAUAAUGAUGCUGAUACAAGUGAUGUAGAAGAGGAUGUGUUGUGGGGACUGGCAAUGGGACUGAGCUUUGCAGUUGCGUUUAAUCUUGUCAUUGGAAUUUUGUUUUGUUCCAAAACACUGGGCAGAAGAUGCUUAAAGUUGAUGGAUCGCACCAUCGUUUAUCUCUUUGAAAGAUUCAGAAACUAAGAGAGUGUUGAUAAAAGUGAUGAAUAAGAUGACACGUGGUGGGGAGUGCGAGUGGACUCAGCUUUGCAUACAUUUGAUCGACCGCACCGUCGGUUUUCUCCUUGGAAAUCUAAAAACUUGAGUGUCUUUCCUGGACAUGUGAUACAACUAUAGAAGUUUAUUAGCUUACUUUUAAGCUUUUCUCUCUUAUUUUGCUCAACAUUUUCUUUUAAUGAAGGCUGCUAAAAUAAUACGAUCGCAUUUAUCGUUGUAUUGAGUAGAUCUGUUGUAAAUUUUUGUUUCUGUAAAAUUUGAU